AUGUACGAAUUUGAUGUUUUGUGCAGGAGCCUUUCUGGAGAGGAGAGAGGCAGCAGGCUGAUCGAAGCAGCUAUGAAGGGGGCAGUGGAGGAGGUCUGGACAUUGCUCGCGGCUGGGGUGGAUGUUGAUGCAAGGAAUGGGGAGAGGCAGACCGCCCUGCGCUGGACUGCUUGGGAGAGGCACGUUGAGGUGGUGAGGUGCCUGGUGGAGUACGGAGCAGAUGUGGAUGCCAGGGACAUCAGGCAGAACACCCCUCUGCACAAUGCUGCAUGGAGGCAGGAGCCAAGUGGGGGGUCUAGGGAUGGGAAUGGGGACAUGCCCCAGACGUCGCCAGGAUUUCUAACCACAAGUCGGUCAGUCUUACUGACACCAAGCUCAAAGUCCUAUCAACAUAUCUGGAGUGAAACAAAGCUUUGCUGCAUUAUUUUUUAA